AUGUAUGCGUCCGAUGGCCAGUACAGCAGAGCAGAGGCCCAAAUCGCCUCCGUGUGCCAGGGCUGGGAACACGAAUUCAGGCCAGACAGCUUACACUAUGCUUGGGGCUUGACCCUCUGGGCCAGUGCUCUCCAGGGUCUCCAGGAACUCCCUACCGCGCUGGCAAAGAUGCAGGUGGCUAAAGCGAUGUAUACAGAAAGGCUAGGCCAGUUUCAUCUGGAUACUCUGCAUGCCAACCGACAGCUUGCAGGCAUCUACGAAUCGAUGGGACAGCUUACCGAGGCCGAGGAGCUAUUGCAGCACACGAAAUAUGGCCACGAGCUGACGAUCACAGAGGACGAAUGCCCGCCCGACUACCUCUCCACAUUACUCGACCUCUCUGGGGCCAUGCCCUACGCGCAAAAUCUCUACUCGGUGGAGAGCUCUCAGUAUCUGGAAUGCCUGCGGGCCCAGAACGACAUUAAAAGGUACCAGGGCGACUGGCAGCAAGUGGAAAAUAUUUCAAGAGACGCACUGAGAUUGUCACUGAGCCUUUAUGGCAGUGGGCACUGGCAGACCUUGACGUUCCGAGCCGUGCUUGCUGAGUCGAUGUGUGAGCUGGGCCUCUGGGCCGAAGCGGAGACAACUGCCUUAGAAGCCCUUGAGGAGUCACAUGGUGUCGAAGGCUCGAGUCGAGGAUGGAGAUUGAAAUGUCUGAGUGUUUUAGGCUCGGCAUACGAAUUGCAGGGGCGCAACGAUAUCGGGGUCGAUACAUUCCUGCAAGCCCUGGAGCUGUCGCGGGAGAUAUAUGGCAACGACCAUCGGCACACCCAGAUUGCGGAGAUCUGGCUUGCACAGAGCAUUAAAGAUCUAACCGACCGUCGCGAUGUGGACGUUGGAGCUCUGGAGCCGGUUUACCGCAAGGUACGCGACACAUGGAUGAGAGCGUACGGCAGCGAGGAUCCCAGGACGAUCGAGGCGCGGGCGAGGUACGCCCAUUUGCUUUCCGAAUCGUGGAAAGAGAACGAGGAGGAGGAGGAGGAGGAGGAGGAGGAGGAGGGAAACUCAAGGAUGCAGUCGUAG